GAGAAAACCGACAUAGAAGGGACCUUAUUUGUGUAUAAAAGGUCAGCUUCUCCCUACCACGGUUUUACGAUAGUGAAUCGACUGAACAUGCACAACCUGGUUGAACCAGUAAAUAAAGAUUUGGAGUUCCAGCUCCAUGAACCUUUCCUUCUCUACAGAAACGCUAGCUUGUCAAUUUACAGUAUUUGGUUUUACGACAAGAAUGACUGUCACCGGAUAGCAAAACUCAUGGCUAAAGUGGUUGAACAAGAAGCUCAGAGGUCUCAGCAAGUUUCCCAGGACAGAAAAAGUCCCAGCAGACCCAAUGGCUGCAAUGAAAACAGGCCCAUCGACAUCCUGGAAAUGCUUAGUAAAGCCAAGGAUGAAUAUGAACGAAAUCAGAUUAGUGCCUUAAAUGUUAUAUCAAAUUCUGGACGGCAACAAAAUUCAAGUCCUCCGAAGCCAGAAAGCACAGAUCCUUCAGAACAAAAGACUUCAUUCAAAGUGCAAGAGCAGCCAUUUCAGUCAAGGCAGAAGCACCUGACUUUGGAGGAACUGUUUGGAACUUCUGUACAAAAGGAACAGCCUGCAGCUCCCUAUCCCAACCCAGAGAGAAUGGAGAAGCUGCAGACAGACACAUCUGCCAGAGAGCAGCACAGUUUGCUUUUGCCUUUUUCCUUUGACCAGUCACCAGUAAUGCAACAAUCACUAGGGAAAUGUGAAAGCCCGAGCGUUAAAACCAGUGCCAAUCAGCAGGACUGUUUAACACCUAUGCUAAUACCUCCAGCUUCAGUUUCCCAGCCUGAUAUCAAAAAUGUUUCAAGCUAUUCAGUUCAUUUAAGCCCUGUUCUUAAUUCAGCCUCAACAAUGGAUGCUGCCCCUGCUCAGAUGCUUCCUGGCCUGAAACAAAGCAACAGUAUAAUGCAAGUUAUGCAGCAAACUGCCAAGCCAAUAUCCCCACUAGUGAAUCAGCCGCCGUCUGAAGUGAGCCAGAAUCUGAUGGCUGGUCAAAGCCAGCUCAUAGCACCCUUGACAACAGCAAAUACAGGAACUGUCUCAAAUACAUCUCAUACUAGUGUUGAUCUUCUCCAGAAACUCAGGUUGACCCCACAGCAUGACCAAAUGCAGCAGCAGUCUCUCACUAAGACUCCCUUAACACCCAACAUCUCUGCCUCGGUUGGCCAACUUGCAACACCAGAAAGCUUCAAAGAAUCUCACAGUAAGCCAUCAGCCUUGAACAGCAAGAUAAUCUCUCCCCUUCAGCCUGUACAACAAAACAAGGAAUCAGAAGUAUUUCCACAGCCGAAGACUUUGUCUAAAGCAAGUCAAGUUGUACCUCCACAGUUUGUUACAGCCACGACAACAGUAACACCUUCAGUCCUCUUGUCUCCUAGUGUGUUUCAGCAAUCAACUGCAAAAGCUGCUGAAGUGGAGAAUAAAGCCAGUUCUUCUUCACCUUUAACACUUGGAACAACAGAAAUUCAGACUAUACCUCCUACUGUUCUCAGUAGAUCUCAGCUUCAAGAAGCAUUGAUACAUCUAAUCAAGAAUGAUUCCCGUUUUCUCAGCACUAUCCAUGAGGUCUACUUGCAAGUCCUAGCCAAGAGUACAGACAACAUGAAGCUAUAA